AGUAGAACAACCGGAAGAAGAAAAGCCUAAUGAAAUAUCUAUUAGUCCUUGGAGGCGCGAUAAAAAACCAAAGAAAGAGAUCGUGCCGGAAACAAAACCAGUGGAAAUUCCUGAGGAGGUUAUUGAAGAAGAAGAAGUUAUUACAACAAUACAAAUGGAAAAGAAACCAAAGAAAACGAAGAAGAUCGUUGAGUUCAAAGAAGAAGUCGAAAUAGUUUCGAUAGAUCAGCAAGAAGUACUUCAAACUGAAGAAGUAACAAAGACUGAAGACCAAGUAGAUGAAGUCCAAGAAGUCUCCGAAGUAUCGUGGAGAAAAACUAAGAAAUCUAAACCAAAGAAACCUGAAGAAGUCCCAGUACAAGUUCCUCAACCCGUAGAAGAACAAGAAACAAUCGUCGAAGAAAAGACUGAAGAAACAAUUACGCUUAAACGAGGUAGAAAGAUUGUUAAACCUGAAGAACAAAAGCCUGAAGCAGUUGAGCUUAAACCUUUGGAAGCAAAACCGAUUCCAGAACAACCGGACGAGACAACUGAAACGAGCACAGAAGGUGUUACGAUUACAAAGAAAAAGAAGACUAUAAAGGCCGUAGAAGUUCAGGAAGAAAAACGCGAAGAUACUGUUGAAGUAGAACGGAUAGAAAAAUCUAAGCGGAAACAAAAAAUUCAAAUGGACAUUCCAAUUCCCGACAAAGACGUCGCUCCCAGAUUCAUUCAGAAACUCCAACCAAUUAUUUCUGAGCCAAAUAAACCCGUGAAAUUUACUUGUACCGUAGUCGGUCAUCCAACACCUGCGAUCACCUGGUACCGAAACGAGCAAGAACUGCAUGCUACCGAAAAGUACACCAUGACUGUCGUUGAAACUACCGCAUCUUUAGAGAUAGUCAAAGUUACAGAAGAAGACGUUGGAAUGUACACUUGCCGCGCUUCCAAUCCUGCCGGCACUGCCGUAUCGACAGUCAAUCUCGUCAUCUUCGGUACGACUGACCGUGAAUUUUGCGUGAAAAGCUUUCUGAUCUCUAAUCCGCCAUUUUUUCUUUCAGGAUAACUGUUUUGUUUCGUUUUUUUCUCUAAUACCUCAAUAAUACUUUUGUUUUUUUCAGGAUGCAUGAACAAUUGAUAUUUCUCCAUAUUUUUAGGACCAAAAAGUUGAUACUUGUUAUUAUUUUACAGAAAAAGAAGAAGAAGGAGUAGCUCCGCACUUCGCAACUCCAAUAAAGCCUCUAAUGGUCCAAGAACACCAACCCGCGACUUUAGAAUGCGUUGUAACAGGUACUCCAGCACCAGAAGUCAAGUGGUACCGCAAGGAAAUAGAAAUCAAGCCUCAGAAAGGCACAGAGAUAACAUUCAAUCCCGAAACUGGUGAAGCUAAGCUGACAAUUCUUGAACCUACACCCCAAGAUGAGACGAUUUAUCGCGUAAGAGCGGUGAAUAAGUUUGGCCGAGCUGAAUGCCGUGCUAAUUUGCUAAUCAGCAAUGCAGUUGUCGUAACGAAGCCUGAAGUGAUGCAUGCACCAAGAAUCACCAAACCAGUUCCCGCUUUGAUUGCUCAUAAGGGCAAGCCAUUAGUUCUGACCGCAGAAUUCGAUAGCACUCCUAAGCCCGAAGUAAAGUGGUUCAAAAAUGGCGUAGAGUUGGCUCCAACUGACCGACAAGUCAUUUCAAUCUACGAAAACACCGCCGAGCUGACCAUUUCUGACGUUACCAAGAAAGAUUCCGGGAAGUACGAGAUCAGAGUUCAGAAUCCCGUGGGUGAAGCUAGAAGCUCUGGCUCAGUGGCUGUCAGAGAACGGGAAGAGAUAGUUGAUGAGACUGAAGACAAACCAAAGGCUCCGUGCUUUGUUGAACCCUUAAAACCCCAAAUUGUUAGCGUAGGAGAAGUCGUUAUCAUGGAGGCUGUGGUGGAUUCUUAUCCUACUGCAUCAUUCCAGUGGUUCCAUGACAACAAACCACUGGAGUCUUCUCCAGCUGUGAGGAUUGUCACAAAGGAAAACAGGUCCGUUCUGCUGGUCAAGGAGAUCAAGCCAGAAGAAGCUGGUGGUUACACAUGCAGGGCUGAGAAUGUUGUCGGCUCAGUGACCUGCACAGCCAGUGUCAAUAUCAUGGAAGUCACCUGGGAAGAAACUACUGAACUUGCGUCUCCGACGUUUGUGAAGAAGCUUUCGCCAGUUAGGGUGAUGGAUGGAGAGAGCGUUGAUUUAACGUGUGUUGUAAAAGGCAAGCCUACACCUAAGAUCCAUUGGUAUCAUGAUGACAAGCCUAUCAAGGAAGGCAAGGAAAUUACUAUCUUGCAAGACACUGAAGGAGUUUGUAGUCUUGCUAUCACUGAAGUCUUUCCGGAGGAUGCUGGGGAGUACACUUGUCGCGCUCUUAAUCCUGUUGGUGAAGCUGUUUGCACGACUUCGCUUAUUGUUGAAGCGUACGAGUAUGUUCCGGAUUCAGAAAUUGCUUCUUCAGCAGUUGCUGGAUCACUGAUCAGUGGUUCUGAGGAAGACCUUCUCUCUCCAAAGGAGGCUCCUCUAUCUGAUACCGAUACAGAGGACUCAGCACCGGAGAUUAUUAAAACACUUCCUCAGUUAAUUCCGGCUAAAGAUGGAGAAUUGACUCGAUUGGAAGUUAAGGUAAAAGGUAAACCAAAACCAGAAGGCAAAUGGUAUAAACAGGGUAUUGAAAUAAAAUCUUCACAAGAAUUUCAAAUAGAAGAGUUUGAAGACGGUACAUCUGUAUUAACGAUCGCUGAAACUUAUCCCGACGAUACCGGUGAAAUCGUUUUUGAAGCACUCAAUCCACUGGGUGUUUCAACUACUACUACGUAUUUAUCUGUUGA